AUGAGCGCGUUCGAUGUCAUGCCGAGAUCCAAGCUACAGGAAGCCAUGGACCUUGCCAAAGUAGACCCAGCAGCUCAACAUGUCAUACUGCAGCUUCAUGCCCAUGCCAGCCUCCGCGUCACCCAUGGCUCCCAAGUAGCCAUGCUGGACACAGACAACGGCAUACGUCAGGGCUGUUGCUUAGCUCCCUCAUUGUGGGUGUUGUAUACAGGGCUUAUCCUCACCUACAUUAGGCAACAAGUGAGCAUGCAUGACUCCACGGUCUUUGUUGAUGAUUUCUUGUUUCAUUGGCUCGUCGCUUCCACUGAUCAGCUGAAAGGUGCGUUUCGCAACAUUGCUUUUGUACUUGACACCUUGGAAGCAUUUGGAAUGACCAUCAGCCCUGGCAAGUCGGCUGUCUUGAUCGGGGUUCGUGGGUCCAAGGUGGGAUCGAUACUUCAAAAACACGUCUUUAAGGAUCCUAGAAAAGGCAAGUUUCUACAUUGUGCCACCCGCCAUGGCACAAUCCGCUUACCGGUAGUUACUCAGCAUCCAUACCUCGGAGCGAUACUCAGCUACCAAUCUAUGGAAGCACUCACACUCAAGGAACGCAUUCGUCAGUCCUGGAGUUCUUUUCACCGCAUCCUGCCGGCCCUUCGCUCAAACAGCGUGGCCCUGCGCAGCCGCAUUUCCGUCUGGCAGAGCUGUGUCUUCUCUACACUGAUGCACGGCCUGGACAGCAUGGGCUUAGCCCCGGGUGGCUCGACACUGCUCUAUAAGCAUGUUGUUAGACAGCUUAGGCUUGUUUGCAAGGCGCCGUCAUACAUUACGCACGAGGAACCAGCAGAUCUGCUCACCCGGCUGCGCGUCCAGGAUCCGACAGACACUCUGCGCCUCCGUGUACAGCGCCGCCUGAGCCGCUGCCGGGAGGGUCACAUGGCUGUUCUCCAACCACCGCUAGUGCAUAGCUGGUGGCAGCAACUGGAUUCCAAUCUGCAGUCUGCAGCCAGUGACCCGAAGCAGAUGCUCCAUCAGCAUCCCUUGCGCGAUAUACCCUCUACAAGCAUGGCGCCCGCAAACCCUACAAACUUGCUUGUGGACCGGAUCGUAAACCGAUAUCCUUGUUUGCCUAGAGACUGGUGUGCAACCGCGCUGGCUCGUGAUUGGAAACGCCUGGCGCUGAACAUCAAAAGCACAGAUUUCAACCACUGCUUGCUGUGCGGACAAUGGCUUGCGCACCCAGGCUACCUGUCGCGACACGUCAAAUCUCAGCAUGCCGAAGCUUAUGCCUUUCAUGCUGCUGUGUUAAAGUGGCUCGACGACCAUAAGACGGCCAUCCUGUCGCCCUGCCAGUUCUGCGGAGCUGACUUUAAGGUCUUCUACUCCGACUGUGCGCCUCUUAUGCACAGACUGCUACCGCUUCUGCAUCUCCCACCUCAGGCCAUGGAGACCCACAUGAAGGAUGCACUUCGGAAGGAGAUGGCGGAAGUGGAAACCCAGGAGCUCAUGGGGGCGCAGGACCAAGCCAACCUUCUCUCGGCCAUGAUGCGUCGUUCAGCGGGGGCACUGGAGCCAUCUGCACCGAGCGAUCCCGGGCUGGGCAGCACCCCCGGACGAGCCGGAAGCCAUGGAGACGCAGAGGGACAAACGGACGGCGGAGAACGCAGCCCCAGCAGGCAAGGGCAACGGAGACCAGGAGAAGUGGCCCAGGCCCUCCGCCAAGGGAAGUGCCAGGACAUCCGACGAUGGCUGGCAGCGGGAUCACAGCUCCCAGGCACCCAGCAGGCGCCGAACGACCCAGAACAGGCACUGCUGAAUCUGUGCCUGAGCAUGGGCCGGCUCCUGCUACGUCACGAGGACCAGUUCGGCAUCAACAGGGCCCAGGACACCUAUGUGAUGUUCGCUCAGUGCCAGGGGGUGCUUUCUAUGGUCCCGGAGCUCUACGUGGCAGCAGAGGCCUGGAAGACCAUGAAGAAGGAGACACCCGAGCUCCUGACGCUGCCCCUCCGAGCAUGGCUGCUGAAGCACUGGGUGGACCUCAUGCUCAAGCGGAUGGAAAUGAUUAUGAUGAGCGAGGACACCAUCAAGCAGGUCCUAGAGGCCCUCAAGUCCAUGCAGCUCCUGGCCAUCCAGCCUCUUGUAGUAUUGCGCUUCCAC